AUGGGUGCCUUCUCGGAUGUCGCCGGAUCGGUUAAGAGUUCUCAAAAGCUGAUCAAUCUUCUCAAAGGGCACGUCAGCUCCUCUCCACAUAGUCUACACCCUGUGAUCGCCGGACCUCAUAUCCCCGAGGAACGUUGGCCAAAUACGGCACUGCUUCCUACACAGCUGCUUGAAAAAGCCACUCAUAAUGUGCUCAAGAACAAAACUAUUGCCUUCCCUGCGAUGUGUUAUGGCCCCGAUGACGGGGACCCACGGCUACUGAGAAACGUUGCAUCCUGGCUGACUAAAUUCUAUCAGCCAGCUGAUCCAAUAUCUGAAAACCGCUUAUGCAUUACCGGAGGAGCCUCGCAGAACUUGGCUUGUCUCCUUCAAGUCUUCUCAGACCCAAUCUAUACCAGACAUGUGUUUCUUGUGAGCCCUGCUUAUAUGUUGUGCUUUCGAAUAUUUGAGGAUGCGGGCUUCCAUACUAGACUUCGAGCUGUUCCAGAGGACGACGAGGGUAUAGAUAUUGACUUUCUGGAGAGACAACUCGAAAAGAGCGAGGAGAAGGCGAAAGCUGAUGGGAAUGACGAGCCGCCACUCAAGCCUUCGCGACCAUGGAGUAAGAUAUACAAAUACGUGAUCUACGCCGUACCAACGUUCUCCAAUCCAUCUUCGAAAACUAUGAGUCUGAAGAGAAGAGAACAGCUCGUGCGUUUGGCGAGACAGUAUGACGCACUCAUCAUCACUGACGACGUCUACGACUUCCUGCAAUGGCCAUCCAGUCUCACAACUAAGACCUUGUCUGUAGACAAAGCAGUGUUGCCUCGUAUCGUCGACAUUGAUCGGUACCUUGACGGCGGUGCCGAUCGAGAGGGCGCUGACGGCUUCGGAAAUACCGCUUCAAAUGGUAGCUUUUCAAAGAUUUGCGGCCCUGGUCUGAGGACGGGAUGGUGUGAAGGAACGGCGAAGCUAGCGCAUGGUGUGUCACAGACUGGUUCGAGCCGUUCAGGCGGUGCUCCCAGCCAGCUCACGGCUUGCUUUGUAGCCGAGACGCUGGAGACGGGCGAGCUCCAGCGUUACGUCUUCGAGCAGCUUCAACCAAUAUACGGCGCGCGGUAUCGCAAGAUGGUAGAGGCCAUCAAUACGCACCUCAUACCACUCGGUGUCCGCCUUCCGCAAGCAGACCGUGAGAUUGUCGGGGGGUACUUUAUCUGGCUGACGUUGCCUCAUUCCCUGAAAGGUGCAAAUUUUGCACAACGCGCAAAGGACGAGGAGAACGUUGUGGUCGCACAGAUCCAGGUUCCCGGCGACACCGAAGGCUCAGGCACUUCUUUCGAAAACGACAUCAGAAUUUGUUUUGCGUGGGAAGACGAGGACAUGCUCGCCGAGGGCAUCAAACGUCUUGCUCAGGUCAUCAGGAGAAUGUUGGAUGAGCACACCGUCAAUAACGAUGACACCUCACUUGUCACAGCUGCGAAUAAGCCUUCGCAGGACGCAAAGGACUUCUGGUGA